AGUUCCAAGUUUUUAAAGACUUUUUAUUACAACAGUUAGAAGUAGUCUCAGAUCACUGCUUUAUUUCGGAAAGUACUUAAAACUGUGACUUCUGACGUGAAGCUUUACAUUUAUUUACGCGUAUAAAAUAUGUUCAAUUACUUUUUUCUGUAAACGCACUUUUUUUAAACACGCCUUCAAGAUGACGUCCGUGUCGUCGUCACCGGUAGUCCCACAAUUCAACUCGGCGCGCGAAAGCUGACUGAAAUAAACAACAGAUCUAAACAAUGAGCAAAAAAGACAGUGCAGGUGUCGCACAGAUCCUCGCUUACCUGAAUGAGAAAAACAGACCCUAUAGUGCUCAGGAUGUCUUUACGAACCUACAGAAGCAGUGUGGUCUGGGUAAAACGGCUGUGGUCAGAGCAAUGGAGCAGCUGGCCCAGGAGGGAAAGAUUAAAGAGAAAGUCUAUGGAAAGCAGAAGAUCUACUUUGCGGAUCAGUCUCAGUUUGCGGAUGUGAGUGAUGCUGAACUUAAGGAGAUGGAUGCUCGCGUUGCAGAACUCGGUGCUGAAGUACAGAGCAUCUCGCAGAGCUGCAGGCAGCUGGAUACAGAACUGAAGGAGCUCAACGGCUCAUUAACCACAGCAGAGAUGAAGGCACAGAUCCUGGAGCUGCAGGCAGAGUGCUCUGGGUACAGAGACAGGCUGGAUAAGAUCAAGUCGGCUACAAACCAUGUGACCCCCGAGGAGAAACAGAAGGUUUACAAGGAGAGAGAGACUUAUGUGAAGGAGUGGAGGAAGAGGAAGAGAAUGGUAACCGAUAUGGUUGGAGCUAUUUUGGAGGGUUACCCAAAGAGCAAGAAACAGUUUCUGGAGGAGGCUGGGAUUGAAACAGAUGAGGACCAUAAAGUGACAAUGCCCAACAUCUAAUGGAGGACUCACUGAUUAAAUUCAGAUGCCGGCAACACCGCUGCUGGGACAACAGACCUUUGGAAAGGUUGGAAAGUAAUGUAGAGGAUUCUGGGACACAGAGAGUGCAGUUGUUUUUUUGUUUUUUUUUAAAACCAAUCCUAUUUAUAAAAGUUCUGUUGAGGGGGAAAAAAAGAACAAACAGGUUGUAAAUAAGCUUCAACGUUGUUUAUUUUUCAAUUAAAAAAAAAUUAUACUGAUACAAAAAGUUUCCAGAUUCUUCCAUUGAAGAAAUGCAGAAGCACUAGUAUAGUAUAGUAGUUCAGCACGACCUAUCCUCGUUUCUGUGAGCUGGCGUUCACUCCACUUUAUGGCUUAACUUGUAAAGACGUCCCUUAUUCCAACGCAGGUCAAACAGCUGAUUGUACAAUCAUCUGUUAUUUACAAAAAAAGAUCUCAAUACCUAAAAAUCUUGUCCUGAGUAGAAUUUGAUUCUAAUUUUCAUUACGCCUUAAUUAACAUUCAUUAAAAAUAUAAAUAGAAUUGGGCGGUCACACCAUGUAGAGCUGCUACCAGGCACGGGUGCGACUGUGUCUUCAUUGAUAGCUUAUGCAGCACAAAACAUACUGAUCACAAGAGCUUAAACCAUUAUCAUAAAUGUAGAAUAAAACAAUAUUGCGCUACACAAAGCUGAACAAAAACUGACAUAACAUGACAAAAAAGAGGUUUAUCUUCCAUUAUGUGUGCACAGACACUGCAAUCUUUGGUCACAGCAUCCCAAAGGACAAAGAGGAACUAAGAUGGCUCAGCAUUGCCUUACUUUAAUUAUAUUAAAGCAUGCAAGACAGCUGUUUUUGGACGUAAAAACCAACUGACAGUGAUGCAUCACAGUGUAACCAGACCUCUCGGCUCCCCUUUCCAGCGCUAAGGUGAAAAUGUAGUUGUGCUUUGAAAAAUGACUUGAACUUGAGGUAAAGAUGAUAACUGAACGUGACACACACCAAGCUUAAUCAUUCAAAGGCAGCUGUCUAGUUUAAAAUGCAGUAAAUUGAGACAUAUCUCUCACAUCAGUAUAUGGGGUGUCAAGUUGUCUUGACAGCCGAGUCUUCCUCAUGUGGCUGUCAAGAUGCUAUUUUAUCUUAGGAUCACCACUGCAAACUUUUGAAAAUAUGAAUACAACUGAAAAGAAAUGAUUAAACUUUAGGACUGAGGUGUGUUUCUUCAGUCAACCGAACAGAACUUGCACAUUAUUUCAUUUUUCAGCUGAAGGUGUUUGUGAAGAAACAAUAUCGCAAACAGCUUGGAUCAGAUUGUUACCUUCCAAACUAUUAUUAAUAAAAUGCCUGAUCGGAAUAAAUUGCAUUUCCACAUGUUGAUUGGAAUCACUGCCAUAAACACUGUCAGUCAAUACUUGAGCAGGCGCUACUAAAUCUCUUAAAGAGUUUUUGAACACACUCCAGUCCAUUAGUGUGCUC